AAAACAAAUUUGCGUACAGUCGGUGUGAAGGGGAUAAAUAAACCCCUUAAUGUAUUAUGUAUACACUUCUUUAAAUAUUAUAGAUGUGUUCUAGAAAGAUGUCAGGUUCACUUUAUUAUUGGAAGGGGGAGGGCAAUAAAGUUUAUCCAUAGGGGACACAACUUCUGCUUUACCUGCUGCGAAAAAGGGGAAGUAUUUUCCUACGUUAGCAAAGUCAAAUAGCCAUGCAAAACACCUGUGUGUAACAGAGGAAAGAUGGUCCUCAUUCUGAAUCUUUGUCUGCUGAGCAUUUUCUAUAUCUCAGCUGUGGAUAUGACUGUUAAAGUAGAGAACGUGUAUUUUAGUUCUGUAAACUUCCAUACCACACUGCGUUGGGAUGCCGUGUGUGAUGUACAACAGCCAUGCACGUAUCUCGUGCAGUACCAAGUAUAUGGAGACGAGGCAUGGACAAAUAAGGCAGAUUGUCGGGGAACACAGAACUUCUGUGAUAUGACUAAAGAAACAUUAGAGAAUGCUAAGGAAAAGAUGAGGGCAAUAGUAAAGACAAAUGCAACAGGGAAUGUGACUUCGGCAAAGAGCAAGUGGUUUGUGCCCAUACGUAACACGAAUAUAAGUGUUCCAGAUGUCAUCCUUUCUCCCUCUGCAAACUCCAUAGUGGUAUACAUGUCUACUGUUCCACCGUUAUUAUACAUCAACAAUCCUAAAGAGAGAGAGCAGAAAUUAUCUUAUAUCAUUUUCAUUUCAAAUAUGUCAAAGUUGCUGUUUACUGAGGACACACAUCAGAAUGUAUGGGAAACAACACACCUAGCACCUGACCAUUACUGCAUCAGUGUACAGAUGAAGUUUGAGGAAAGAACAAGUAAUCCAAGUCCAAAAGUGUGUGUGAACCUGAAUGACCUGGCACACAAGGAAGUCAUUUUGGGAUCUGCUGUUGCCAUAUGUGUUUGUUUGAUAAUACUUGUGAUUCUAGCAGUUUACCUUAUUGUGUAUCGGCACGUGUUACAUCCCAAAUCACAUCUUCCUUCAAAUCUGAAUUUUAAUGAUGUAAAAGCAAAAUCAAGUGCCAGCGAUUACAAAUCUGAUGAAGCGUUUUUGGCUCCCUCAAUAUUUGAAGGUAUGGAAUUUGGUAAACACACACUGGACUCUGAUGAUCAUGAAGAACAUCCUCAAAAUAAACGAUAUGUCUCGACUGAAACUUGGAGAACAGGCUAUGUUAACUUCAGGCAGAAAUACACUGAUCCUAAUUUUCCUUUAAGCAAAACAGUGGAACUUAGAAAUUCGACAUAUGGGGCAAAUGCUGCACAAGACUGUCUCCUGGACUAUCCAAGCAUUUGGAUUCCACCAGAUGCAAGCUAUACGAAGGCUAAAGAUUGUCUUCAUUAUGGACACAUUUGCAAUGAAUAUGAUUACUAUAAUGGCCUAACGUCAUUUAGGCAGGACUGUAAUAAGCCAAAUCAGCUAUAUUUCAAUCAGGAAGAAAAAUCACAUUGUUUGUACAUUAAUGAACAAUUUCGGGCCUACACCAAUAUUUCAGGUGAUACCUAACUUCUAAAACCAGCCCUUUGUCUAUUAUAAAAAAAAA